UUGCGGGAUCUGGAGAGGGGUGUCGAUAUUCUUGUGGCCACUCCUGGUCGUUUGGUAGAUUUGUUGGAGAGGGCUAGAGUUUCAUUACAGAUGAUCAGAUAUUUGGCCUUAGAUGAGGCUGAUAGAAUGCUUGACAUGGGUUUUGAGCCACAGAUUCGGAAGAUUGUUGAACAAAUGGACAUGUCCCCACGAGGUGUAAGACAGACCAUGCUGUUCAGUGCCACAUUUCCCAAAGAGAUACAGACAUUGGCUUCUGACUUCCUUUCCAACUACAUCUUUCUUGCUGUUGGAAGGGUUGGUUCCAGUACUGAUUUGAUUAUACAGAGAGUUGAAUUUGUUCUUGAAUCAGACAAAAGAAGCCACCUUAUGGACCUUCUUCAUGCCCAAAAAGCUAAUGGUGUUCAUGGAAAGCAAGCUUUGACUUUGGUCUUUGUGGAGACGAAGAAAGGAGCUGAUUCACUGGAACACUGGUUGUGUAUGAAUGGAUUCCCUGCAACCACUAUUCACGGGGAUAGAACACAGCAGGAAAGAGAAUAUGCAUUGAGAUCCUUUAAGAGCGGUGCAACUCCAAUCUUAGUGGCAACAGAUGUUGCAGCACGUGGGCUUGACAUCCCCCAUGUGGCACAUGUUGUCAAUUUUGACCUUCCAAAUGACAUUGAUGACUAUGUGCACCGUAUUGGAAGGACAGGGAGAGCUGGAAAGACUGGUCUGGCCACUGCCUUCUUCAAUGAUGGCAACUUAAACCUCGCAAGACCGCUGGCUGAGCUUAUGCAGGAAUCUAACCAGGAGGUUCCUGCAUGGCUCUCCCGCUAUGCUGCUCGUUCUUCCUAUGGUGGUGGUGGUGGUAGGAACCGUCGAUCUGGUGGUGGAGGUGCUCGCUUUGGCGGUCGGGACUUCCGACGGGAUUCCACCUUCAGUAGGGGUGGAGGUGGUGACUACUAUGGUGGAGGUGGUGGGUAUGGUGGUGGGGGAUAUGGAACUGCAUCUCCGGGGUACGGGGGUGGCUAUGGUGGUCCGGGGGUGACUAGUGCUUGGGACUAACAUUAUCCCCAUUGUCUCAAACAACUAAAGUUCUAUUGCCCCUUGUUUUCUAGAAUAUAAUUUUGAUAGGGUUGCACACUCGCAGGGUUAAACAGUGGGUAAUUGUCCCUUUUUUGGUCUUCUGUUCGUUCAGUAGUCUCUCUUCUUAUUGGUUCCCCAUCAUUGGAUGUGUUAUCUGGCAUUCUGGAUGGUUAAUAUGUGAUGGUGAAUUGAUGGUGGUGGCUAACUUCUAGGUGUUGAUGGGAUCUGUUUAUUUUUUUCUCUUUUUUUUACUUGUCUUUUUCGUCAUGGGUUGGGUGUAAUUUUGGUGGGGGGUUGUAGAAUGUGUUUAGGGUGGGAGGGGCUUUUUUUUUGGGGCUCUUUGUUUCAUCUCAUAGCAUGUUCUUUUAGACCUGAAUUAAUGGUGGGGGAGUAGACAAGAGCUAGGCUUUUGCUUUCCAUGUUUUUAUUUCGUGUUCUUGUUGUAAAUUUCUGAGAGAUUUACUGAAAUAAAUAUGACGGGAAGGGAGAAAAGGGGAUAGGAUGUCAAAUCUUAAUGGAAACAGAGUAGCGUGCUUUACGGUAAUCUGAUAUUGUUAUUCGAACAUACUGAAAUAUAUUUUGUUUUGUCUUUCAUUC